AUGAAUCUGCCGUCAUCGACGAACUCGAGGCCAAUCUGCUCGCUGCUGAAGACGGGCAGAGCAAUGCCAUCGCCGAAACACGGUGGCUGCGACAAAUCGCAUUGCGCCGCCAAUUGGCAAGUGCCCGACGCUCAAUGA